AUGACCCGCCAGACGGAGGCUGAUAUACCUGGUAAAAAAAAAACUGUCAAGUGUCUGUAACUCGCUUUUUUAAAAGCAUAUGGCUGUUAUUUAGAUAGUAUAGCACCAGUAAUGUGUGGUGGUGACCAUUCGCUAACCUGCUGCUAUUUCUGACUUGCAGCAGCUUAAAUAGGUUGCUGACAACCGCUUAGCAUUAGGAAUUACCUACUCCUGUAACGUUAGCCUAGUGAAAUCAGGGUCAUUUUAGUACAACCGAACAUUGUAGGCUAUAUUAGACCUGUUAUAUCCCCAAACUCCAAUGAACUGUCAUAGUUUCUCUCCUGUCUGAAAGUUAUUUUUUUUUACCCUAACAGAAACAGGAGCAGUCUUCACUUUUGGGAAGAGCAAGUUUGCUGAUAAUGUGCCCAGUAAAUUCUGGCUGAAGAAUGACCAUCCAGAAGAAAUCUCAUGUGGGGGUGAUCACACCGCUGUCAUAACAGGUACUCAAUUUGUAGCCAACUCUCUCCCGUGUGAUUGGGUGACUUGGAGACACUGUAUAAAACCAUAAAUUAUCAGUUUGUUGUUUAUAAAAUGUCUGUAAGUUAUUAUAAAUAGUUAUUAACAGUUUAUUGAUGCUAUAUUGGACCUGUAAUUAGUUAGUGUAAUGAACAAAAUGCAUUAUACUUCAAGACAUCUAUAGUAUUUAGGCAUUCAAAUAAAAAUUAAUACAUUUAAAAAAGCAUAAGAACAGUAUAAUUAAGAGUUUUAUUAGCAGUUUAUGAAAUAUAAGUGUAAUGCCUCUUCUCCUACCUGUAGGCCAUGGCAGGCUGUUCAUGUUUGGAAAUAAUACCUGGGGUCAGCUAGGACUGGGGUCAAAGAUCAACGUCAACAUCAACAAGCCCACCACUGUGAAAGGUCAGUCAGUCCAUCAUGUACUAGGAUUAUGUUUGACUCAUGUUUUGUCUUAAGUUUUACUACGUUUUGUAAUGUUAAAACAUGUUUUUUUCCUUUAGCAUUGAAGUCUGAAAAAGUGAAGUUUGCAUCAUGUGGGAGAGACCACACAAUAGUGUGCACAUGUAAGAAAACCAUGUUAUUUUACUCUGCAUUACUUUAGAGGAUGUUAGGAUUGAAUAUCUGCCAUUAUCAUUACUUAAGAUUCUUUCCCCCAUGGUUGUCAGGGAGUGGGCGUGUUUAUGGUGCUGGCAGUAACCAGGAGGGGCAGCUUGGUUUGGGACACUGUGAUGACACAAACACCUUCCACCUGCUUCAUCCUUUCUCUGACCACGCACCAAUCAAAAUGCUUGCUGCUGGCUGCAACACCUCAGCUGCCCUGACAGGUAAGGAUGACGACAGAUGGGUUGUUUACUUGCAUCAUCAGUGUAGAGCAGUGUGUUUGUCUAUCUAUCUAUCAUCUAUCUAUCUAUCUAUCUGUCUGUCUGUCUGUCUGUCUGUCUGUCUGUCUGUCUGUCUGUCUUUCUUUCUUUCUUUCUUUCUUUCUUUCUUUCUUUCUUUCUUUCUUUCUUUCUUUCUUUCUUUCUUUCUUUCUUUCUUUCUUCUCUGUCAGUCUGUGUGCGUUUCUGAUCUUUCACAUGCCGUCUGUGUGCUGUGUUGUUAGAGGAGGGUAGGCUGUUCAUGUGGGGUGAUAACUCUGUGGGCCAGAUCGGUCUGGGGACAGAGAGCUACGCCUCAGAGCCCAGAGACAUGAUGGUGGGACAGCCAGUGGCCUGGGUGUCUUGUGGAUACCACCACUCAGCGUUCGUCACAGGUAAUACACUCACACAUGCAGGGUUAUUUUAUAUUGGGGAGCUUAACCUUAUGCAUACCACAUCCUGUUGUUAUAUAGUAACGCGGCUGGGUUAUUGUUGUUGUUUUGGGCUUGUUCCAGUGGAUGGGGACCUCUACACGUUUGGGGAGAGUGGGAACGGAAGGCUGGGUCUAUUCCCAGACCAGCUAGCCAAUCACAGAGUCCCUCAGAGGGUGGAAGGCAUCCAGGACCCGGUCAUCCAAGUGUCCUGUGGAGGGGAGCACACAGUGGCACUCACAAGUAAAUACCUCUGUGAAAUACUAUUACUAUUAACCUUUUCACAUGUGAGUUCCAAAUAUCUCUAACAGUCGCCCCAGCGUGAGUUGUUUUAUGCGUGUGAUGUCAGAAUGCACUCACUGAUUCAAGAUAUGAUUGUUACGCAAUAGGACAGUUAACCCACGCUGCCCUCAAACCAAGGCACACUGCCUGCUAAUUAUCUAUAGACUAUGUUUCAACUUGUCAACAUCAAAUGAUUUUCUAACAAGUUAGAUUUUCGAACAACAGUUUGAAUUGAGGUCUGUUCCGCCUCCUCAUUAAUUCACAUAAGAAGUAGCCCAUUUCACUGUUGCGGACAAUUUAUGUUUGAGGCUUUACUGAGCCUUAUGAUUAUGAUGAGCUAAUGCUAAGCUAUUUGCCAGCUAUGUGUGGCGCCAUGUUUGUUGACAUCAUACAGUGCAUUCUGGUUGUCACGUAAGCGUCUGUCAGACCAAAGAUGUUAUAAAAAACAAGGUGAAGGGAUAGUUCACUCGACUGACUUAUAGUCCCGUGUAGCUCAGUUGGUAGAGCAUGGCGUUUGCAACGCCAGGGUUGUGGGUUCGUUUCCCACGGGGGACCAGUAUGAAUAAAAAUAAUAAUAAAUGUAUGCACUAACUGUAAGUCACUCUGGAUAAGAGCGUCUGCUAAAUGACUAAAAUGUAAAUGUAAUGGUGCUUUCAAGACAACUGGGAAUUCUGAAAAAUACAAGGUCAAAUCAUGACGUCAGUGAUCUUCAAGUUGGAGCUCUAGAAAGAGGCCCGUGUUCCCGAGUUGGAAUUCUGACUUGGAUGACCGUUCAAAAAUAUUUUUCCCUGUCGGAGUUCCCAGUUGUCUUGAACGCACUGAAGUCGGAAGUCAGAGAUUUCCAGUUGUUUUGAAUGCGGCAUCAGAUUGUAACUAUGGUACCUCAGGGUUGCCAGCUCAGACCCCCCCCAUUUAUUGAUAAAUCCCCCAUCGUAGUAAUAUUUCCUGCAUCAUAUCCCCCCAUGAUACCUUCCCCCAUUUCUACCGACCAUGGACUUGAAAACUCCCCACAAAUGAAAUGAACCCCCCCACAAACCCCCUUAAAAUGGUUUCAUCCCUGUUUAGCUUGUGCACUAUGGUUAGGCUAGGCAGUAGGCUUGUAUUUGGGCUGAUGAUCUGUGAGGUGAUAACAUUUUAUUUGCUUUCUGAUUUGUCAAAAACUGUAAACGACUUGUCAGUCAGGUGCUCCGGUUCUUGUAUACACUGUAAGAAGUACAUUGAAGAUUUGUAAUAUGCUGAAAAGUGGCCAAACUAAGUUAAUAUUUUUCAGGUAAUGGGCGCAGCCAUCUUUGACUUUGACUUUGUUUAUUUGCGUCUUAUAGUGAAUGGCAUUCUGGGAUUAGGGAGUUUUCACUUUUCAAGCAUAAACAAACAUGGCUGCCUGCAUAAAGAAUUUAGCUGCUGUUAGCUUAGCUGAUACGCAUCUCUUUUGUAAACAAUAUUACAUUUCUCCCUUGUGCUCACCAGAUAUGUGGACAAUUGUAAACAAGUCUAGCAGUUAGGACGCUAACUUAUGUUUAGUUUUUUGUCAGCGCAACCUGUUAUUUAGACUGGUAUAUGGAAUGAGUUCGGCUGUGUAUGUGUUCCGUGUGAUGUUUGGAUGAUGAAGUUCGCAUUUAUCUUUUACAAUAAAAGGUGAAAUUGAGGAAUAAAGUUGUGAAGACCUUUAUUUCCCAUCAGUACAAAACAUUGUUUCGAUGCUUUUCAGACAACAAUGCUGUUUAGACACGUUUGUUGCAUCAUACGUUCUGUUGCUACUGUUCCAAUCACAUAUUUGCGAUGGUACGCUGCAGGGACCACUCAACAAUGAUCACAAAUAUGUGAUCGUACGCGUCAAAGGGUUAAUACAGUACUGUUAAUGAAAUAAAACAGUCUGUCUAUUGUUCCUAGCCGGUAACUGUUUCAUCUUCUUCUACACCUCUCUCUUCCUCUCCGUGUUGCAGAGGACAAUGUGUACGCAUUUGGGCGGGGGCAGCAUGGGCAGCUGGGCCACGGGACCUUCCUGUUUGAGGCACCUCUGCCAAAAGCACUGGACCACUUCCGGAAUGGCAGAGUCAGUCACGUAACCUGUGGAGAGAACCACACCGCAGUGAUCACAGGCAAGCUUCUAUACUAUUCUACUAGUAUACACUGUUGAAUAGAAGUUGUCAUUCAGAAAUUUGAAGCCUGAGCAUGUUCCAUUGAGACCCCAUCUCUCUCACUCCAGACAGUGGGAUUCUGUACACCUUUGGGGACGGUCGCCAGGGUAAACUAGGACUGGGGGAAGAGAACUUCACCAACCAGUUCAGACCAACACUGUGCCCACGCUUCCUCAAAUACAGCGUCCAGUCAGUAAGUCAAUUAGUGUCUGUGUGUGUCUGUCUAUGUUCGUGCACCUGCUAAUUAUGUGUGUUCAGGUGGCAUGUGGCGGCUCUCACAUGCUGGUGCUGGCUAUGCCCAGACCCCCAGAGGAUGAGGAAGUGGUGAUAGAGGAGGAGGAUGUUACAGAGACCAUUCUGGAGACUCUGGAGACCUACACUGAGCUGCUCUUGAUGGACCCCUCCCUCCUGAUACCCAACCCACAGACCGCACCUCCUCUCUGGACCCUGCCUGCUAGGGCCCGCCGCAGAGAGAGGGUGAGCACUGCCAAAACAUCUGACAGUUCCAGAAAGGAGAUCCGAAGUGUUGAUUACAAGGUUUGACAGAGUUGUGGUGUUUGGUUGCCUUCACUAGGGAGCAGUGUUGCAUCACAUUGCUGCACCUCAGUAAUGGUCAUAUGCAGUAGCCUACUUUAUGUGUACCAGUCUAAAUAACCACUCUUUAAUACUAUUAUUAUGGUCUGAUGGAGCAAUUUAGCCCUUCUGUAGCCAUUAUUUAGUAGUUAUAUCUACUUUUCUGUGUUGUGUGUUUCAGGAGAGUUCUCCAGAGCAGUUUGGCCAGAUGUUCCGUAACCUUCCGCCUCUGAUGUCCGGCUUACUCAACGCCUCCCUGCCCCUGUCCAGAAAUAUCUGCAUCUCCAGAACACCAUCUGAAGACCCCUCCACCUCCUCACUGUCCUCCAAUCCCUCCUCAAACAACCCCCCCAGCCCCUCUCUGUCCCUUAAAUCCAGAUCCAAAAUCCCAUUAACACCAUCACUGUCACCCAAGUUCAUAUUCCCAGACCCUCCUAGCCCUUCACUCUCCUCCAAGUUCUCCCCAAAGAAGAGGCCCAGCCCAUCAAAAUCACCCAAAUAUACAUCUAAAGAACCCCUUACCCCUUCACGGUCCUUCAAAUCCACACAUAAACUCAUCCCCACCACCUCAAUGUCCCCUAAACCCCCCUCUGUAAAGCCCACAGAUGAUAACCAGUCCCCCAAAACGCUGUCUGAGGGGCACGCCAGCCCUUCUCGGAGUCCCACCCCACCACAGACAGGUAGCCGAAUCCUACGAUGCUGUCUUUCCUUUUCACCACAGUAUACAGCCACAAGCUGUAGUAAGCAGAACUGCAGCCCAUAUUCUAUGACCUAUUCAGACCUGGGUUCAAGUACAUGUAUUUGAGUAUCUGGUAAUUUAAAAAUACUUUUUCCGUGUAUUUGAGUAUUUUCAAAUACACAGCCGAAAACAAUUACCCAUAAAAAUGUAAAUUAAACACAGUCUCAAAUAACCACCUGUCCCUUUUAAUAGCCGGGCAAAGGCACACAUUUCAGCAAAUAAACGCCUAAUUCAAAUACAUUUAAAUACUGGAAGUGAAUGCUGGAAUUAAACAAUUAACUAUGCAAAUGAGCAAAAGCUGUGUUCAUUAAGGAAGUAGAUGCCUGGCUCAAACAGAAGCCUGUCUCUAAUAAGCGCCUGUUGUGUUCAGUGAUAUACAGUUGAAGUCGGAAGUUUACAUACACCUUAGCCAAAUACAUUUUUUACUCAGUUUUUCACAAUUCCUGACAUUUAAUCCUAGUAAAAAUGCCCUGUCUUAGGUCAGUUAGGAUCCACACUUUAUUUUAAGAAUGUGAAAUGUCAGAAUAAUAGUAGAGAGAAUUAUUUAUUUCUGCUUUCAUUUCUUUCAUCACGUUCCCAGUGUGUCAGAAGUUUACAUACACUCAAUUAGUACUUGGUAGCGCUGCCUUUAAAUUGUUUAACUUGGGUCAAACGUUUCGGGUAGCCUUCCACAAGCUUCCCACAAUAAGUUGGGUGAAUUUUGGCACAUUCCUCCUGCAGAGCUGGUGUAACUGAGUCAGGAUUGUAGGCCCCCUUGCUCGCACACGCUUUUUCAGUUCUGCCCACACAUUUUCUAUAGGAUUGAGGUCAGAGCUUUGUGAUGGCCAAACCAAUACCUUGAAUUUGUUGUCCUUAAGCCAUUUGCCACAACUUUGGAAGUAUGCUUGGGGUAUUUGUCCAUUUAGAAGACCCAUUUGCGACCAAGCUUUAACUUCCUGACUGAUGUCUUGAGAUGUUGCUUCAAUAUAUCCACAUAAUUUUCCUUCCUCAUGAUGCCAUCUAUUUUGUGAAGUGCACCAGUCCAUCCUGCAGCAAAGCACCCCCACAGCAUGAUGCUGCCACCCCCGUGCUUCACAGUUGGGAUGGUGUUCUUCGGCUUGCAAGCCAACCCCAUUUUUCCUCCAAACAUAACGAUGGUCAUUAUGGGCAAACAGUUAUAUUAUUGUUUCAUCAAACCAGAGGACAUUUCUCCAAAAAGUACGAUCUUUGUCCCCAUGUGCAGUUGCAAACUGUAGUCUGGCUUUUUUAUGGCGGUUUUGGAGCAGUGGCUUCUUCCUUGCUGAGCGGCCUUUCAGGUUAUGUCGAUAUAGGACUCGUUUUACUGUGGAUAUAGAUACUUUUGUAGCUGUUUCCUCCAGCAUCUUCACAAGGUCCUUUGCUGUUGUUCUGGGAUUGAUUUGCACUUUUCGCACCAAAGUACGUUAAUCUCUAGGAGACAGAACGCGUCUCCUUCCUGAGCGGUAUGACGGCUGCGUGGUCCCGUUGUGUUUAUACAACGGUCUACAAUUUAUUUUCUGAGGUCUUGGCUGAUUUCUUUUGAUUUUUCCAUGAUGUCAAGCAAAGAGGCACUGAGUUUGAAGGUAGGCCUUGAAAUACAUCCACAGGUACACCUCCAAUAGACUCAAAUUAUGUCAAUUAGCCUAUCAGAAGCUUCUAAAGCCAUGACAACAUUUUCUGGAAUUUUCCAAGCUGUUUAAAGGCACAGUCAACUUACAGUUGAAGUCGGAAGUUUACAUACACUUAGGUUGGAGUCAUUAAAACUCGUUUUUCAACCACUCCACAAAUUUCUUGUUAACAAACUAUAGUUUUGGAAAGUCGGUUAGGACAUCUACUUUGUGCAUGACACAAGUAAUUUUUCCAACAAUUGUUUACAGAUAUAUUAUUUAACGUAUAAUUCACUGUAUCACAAUUCCAGUGGGUCAGAAGUUGACUGUGCCUUUAAACAGAUUGGAAAAUUCCAGAAAAUGAUGUCAUGGCUUUAGAAGCUUCUGAUAGGCUAACUGACAUCAUUUGAGUCAAUUGUAGGUGUACCUGAGGAUGUAUUUCAAGGCCUACCUUCAAACUCAGUGCCUCUUUGCUUGACAUCAUGGGAAAAUCAAAAGAAAUCAGCCAAGACCUGGUAAUGGUAGACCUCCACAAGUCUGGUUCAUCCUUGGGAGCAAUUUCCAAACGCCUGAAGGGACCACGUUCAUCUGUACAAACAAUAGUACGCAAGUAUAAACACCAUGGGACCACGCAGCCGUCAUACAGCUCAGGAAGGAGACACGUUCUGUUUCCUAGAGAUUAACGUACUUUGGUGCGAAAAGUGCAAAUCAAUCCCAGCACAACAGCAAAGGACCUUGUGAAGAUGCUGGAGGAAACAGCUACAAAAGUAUCUAUAUCCACAGUAAAACGAGUCCUAUAUCGACAUAACCUGAAAGGCUGCUCAGCAAGGAAGAAGCCACUGCUCCAAAACUGCCAUAAAAAAGCCAGACUACGGUUUGCUACUGCACACGGGGACAAAGAUCGUACUUUUUGGAGAAAUGUCCUCUGGUCUGAUGAAACAGAAAUAUAACUGUUUGGCCAUAAUGACCAUCGUUAUGUUUGGAGGAAAACGGGGAUGGCUUGCAAGCCGAAGAACACCAUCCCAACCGUGAAGCACGGGGGUGGCAGCAUCAUGCUGUGGGGGUGCUUUGCUGCAGGAGGGACUGGUGCACUUCACAAAAUAGAUGGCAUCAUGAGGAAGGAAAAUUAUGUGGAUAUAUUGAAGCAACAUCUCAAGACAUCAGUCAGGAAGUUAAAGCUUGGUCGCAAAUGGGUCUUCCAAAUGGUCAAUCACCCCAAGCAUACUUCCAAAGUUGUUCAAAAUGGCUUAAGGACAACAAAGUCAAGGUAUUGGAGAGGCCAUCACAAAGCCCUAACCUCAGUCCUAUAGAAAAUUUGUGGGCAGAACUGAAAAAGCGUGUGCGAGCAAGGAGGCCUACAAACCUGACUCAGUUACACCAGCUCUGUCAGGAGGAAUGGGCCAAAAUUCACCCAACUUAUUGUGGGAAGUUUGUGGAAGGCUACCCGAAAAGUUUGACCCAAGUUAAACAAUUUAAACGCAAUGCUACCAAAUACUAAUUGAGUGUAUGUAAACUUCUGAUCCACUGGGAACGUGAUGAAAGAAAUAGAAGCUGAAAUAAAUCAUUCACUCUACUAUUAUUCUGACAUUUCACAUUCUUAAAAUAAAGUUGUGAUCCUAACUGUCCUAAAACAGGGAAUAUUUACUAGGAUUAAAUGUCAGGAAUUGUGAAAAACUGAGUUUAAAUGUAUUUGGCUAAGGUGUAUGUAAACUUCCGACUUCAACUGUAGUGUAUGUAAACUUGUGUAUGUAAACUUGUAACAAGACAUUUGUGGAGUGGUUGAAAAACGAGUUUUAAUGACUCUAACCUAAGUGUAUGUAAACUUCCGACUUCAACUGUAAGCAAAUAAAUGCCUGGUCUAUUAAUUGAAGUUUUACGGACUUUUAUUUUAGAAUUUGAAUGGUUAUUUGUAAAAACCAAAUAGUCUGCGAAAUUGUAUUUGACAGUAUGUUCAAAUACUUAUUUCCAAUACUAUUUUCAAAUACCUGGGUUAAAUGCAUGGGAGUGUAUUUGAGUCAGUGUAUUUUAGUUUUUCAAAUACUUUCCAAGUGUAUUUCCAAAUGCAUCUUAAUAUUUUAUAAAUAAAAUAUACCUGAAUACUUACUUGAAAUGUAUGUGAAAGUAAUUGAGAUAUUUGAAAUAGUAUUUGAACCCAGGUCUGGACCUAUCCCAGUGCAGCCAUGUUCUCAGUAUGUGUGUUUACAGAGAGGAUUGAGGACACUGUGACAGAAGUCCCUGACAGCCUGAUGCUCAUUGAGAAUAUGGAGGAGAACAUGGAUGAAGAGGACAAUAAUGACAUGUUGCCAGACCUGGUGAGUACAAUUGCUUUAUUAUAGAAUAUUACAAUUUUUAGCAUGUGUUAUGUGUAGGUAUGUAUGCUGUCUUGCUUUCGUCUGAGGUACAGUACGUUGCCUCCAUGUCUUUGGCCUGGGAUCAUAAUGGCUCAUUACUUUGGUCUGGGUUCUCUGUUCUCCUCUACGUUGGUCUGGGUUCUCUGUUCUCCUUUACUUUGGUCUGGUGCCUGUGUGCUCCAAGGCAGGAAACAGCGUUUGCAGGCAGUCUUUGAGUAUUCCAGGAAAAUGUGCAUAGCUCAGCGCACUGUGGAGUGUGUGUGUUUGAUAGGGGAUAGGGGGGCAUUUUCCAUUUGGUGGAACAGUGGGGGGUGAAACCCAAAACCAUUCAUUUUAAUUGAGCUUGGUUUGGGAUCUCUCCAUCUGUCUCUGUAUCUGUCUCACGCUCAUUUGCUUUUCCAAGAAAAUAUGUCAUAAAUAUCCUCAAGGCAGCUUCAGUGCUACAGAUUGCUCCUGCCAAUAAACAAAUGUGUUUGAGCUUAACCCCUGUCCCUGCCACCAUCCCUCCCAUCAACAUACACACACACAACAAGUAUACACAUACACACACACACAGCACCUCCUUAUGUGUAGCUAAUCCAUAGUGUUGAUGUGGCUGGGAUGUCGACACACCUCACUUCCAUGUUUCCAUGACUCCUGCUGAGGGAGACUGAGGGAGUCUCCUGUGUUCAGAUGAGAAGCGUAUUUAGCUACACACAUCCAAACACUGCCACAGAAGCUAGAGAAACACAUGAUGCUGGGAAGACCAGGCUUUUCGUUUUGUUGUGCUGCCUCUCCCAUGCAUCAGGUAAUUCUUUAGUUUUUACACAGAACCGUUAUGGUGUCUUGUGUGCUAUGACCCUGUGUGUAUACUGUACAGGUUUUAUCUAGUCCUAGAGAGCCUUUGAGGUGUAGUAUAUUUAAGUGAUAAUGCCCGAGAAGGAUAUAUUGGCACGGGUUCGUCUUGGGCCAGUAACCUGUGUCACUAUAUCCUCCAAACACCGGCUUCGAGGGCAUUACAAACAUAUUCAAAUAAUGAUUGACAUAUUUUCGUUAAAACCUUUAUUUUGAUUAAUUUAUUCACACUAUUUCAUCCUUCCACAAGAUAUAGUCCUGACACAAAUCUAGGGUUGCUACCCAAGCCAGCUGGUCGUUCGUUCUAUUGGUUCGGUUUCCAGAGACGCGACCGAGUCGUUCAGUCUUUUUGUUCUGUAUCAAUGGACGCGACCCAUUCAUUAGUUCUAAAUGUUCCAUUGCCAUACUGGCUGGCAACGUUCUUAUCCCUUGCUUGCUAGCUAUCCAACUACAGCUAACUUACAAUCACGUCAAACGUCAAAAAGAAAAACAACAGUAGCUGUAUUUGCAUUUGUUUAAACUGUUUUCUAGUGACAUUUAUUUUGAUACAUCCAUAACAAUGUGCUAAUGAGGCACGAUUUCACCUGGCAUAGAAAAUGUGCUGUCUCGUCAGGGCACUGUUGUUCAGAGGAGCUAGCCAACAAAACAGCUAACACAAUCAUUUCAAACUGAAGCUGGAAAGACUGCAAACUAGCUGCACGUUUCGUUUUACCUUUUUUCAAUUUACAUUUCUUUGUAUAUAUCCAUAAAAAUGAUGCCAGCUGAUUCAUGAUUUCGACUGGCUGAGAAACGCUGCCUGCCUGUCUGUCUCGUCCCAACUCCCGACCCCUAUACGUUCAUUACUAUGGGACAGCUGGAGAUCAAAUUUGAAUAUUGAAACAAUGUUGCAAAUGUCGGAGAGACAGACAGCAAGGUUUAUACAAAUCUUCGCUGUUGAAAACUAAAUGUUAGUCUAAAAGAUAAUGUCUAGAUGCUUUUUAUAGUGGAGAUCAAGUUUAUAAAGUGCUUGGCUAGGCUGAUGAGACAGUGGAUUGCGCAGUCAGAUGGAACAGAGUAAAUAGGCAUUUUAACAUAAUAGAUUUAGCCGAUGGUAACUUGUGGAAUAGACACCGGCUGGAAUGUGCUUUUAACCAAUCAGCAUUCAGGAUAAAACCCACCCGUUGUGUAAGAGGAGUUAUGAGAUAGAUGAGUUUGGCACACGUUGAUGAAGGUGCAUGUGUUAAUGAAUUGGAUGGAAAAGCUUCUAAUAAAGGUUGCCAUGGCAAUGAGCACCCUCUCAUUAACUCAGAUUAUCAUUUAUUUCCAGCAGAGAUGGGGAAAAAAUAGACGUAUUGAAUCGCCAUUCGUCUUAGUUCUUCCUAAGGGCCUAUAGUUUUGAGUCUGUUAUACGGUUUUGUAGGCUCAUGCUUGCCUGCGGGAAAGCUGACUACACACACUUUGUUUACAUUCCUGAUGGAAAGAAGAUUCUGGCUUUUGUGUUGUAACCCUUUAUAGUUGUUUCAUUGUAAGAACUUCUAUGUAGGUUAUUACCGUAUCUCUAUAUAGUUCAAGGAGAUGUUGAGUUUGGUUGUGAGACUUGUGUCCUGUUCUCUUUGAGGCAGGCAUUACCAUUGGGAGGAGAUUCUGGCGAUGAGACUGGGACUACAUCUGCAGAACAGAAGGAAAAGGUAUGUUAUUGUAUUUACUGGAAGGGAGGAGAAAUAAGGACUGCCAUGUCUUUCUCCCUUAUUUCACUCUACAUUUAGAGACUUUAUUCUGCUUUACACUUUACUGUCUUCUCUUUAUGUUUCAAAUCCUUAUCUCUUUUUCUCUACUCUGAAUAUUCUCUGUUUGUAAAACUUACCCUCCUUUCUCUCAUUCUUCCUUUGCUCUCUUACUUUUAUAUCACUUUAUGUCUUUCUCUUUCUUCCUCUGUCUUUCUCUGUCUGUCUCCUUCACUCUUUCUCUAUCUCUCCAGGGACAUAAAAAGGGUCGGGCUCUGAGGAGAGCUGUUAAGGAGGCAGAAAUGGAGGUUGAACAAGCCCCGGCCAACAGGAAGGCGCAGCUACUUUCCCAUAAGGCCCUUCCCACCGAGCUCCUGAGAGGCUCCAGCUGGAGUUUGUUAAAGGCAGAGGCCACGCCCCCAAAGAGCCCCAAAUGCUUAAAGACCCCUCAGACCCCAGCCAGGGGCAAGGAGAACAUCGCUUUGACAACAGGAAAGGCUGGCCCUAAAGCGAACACCAGUAAACUGACGGGUAGUAAUCUGCAAAGCACAGGUAAAGCAGGGUCUAAGCCAAGUUCACCUGCAAAGAAACAAAGCAAGUUAUCCGUAUCGAAACCUAGCACUCCUAAACACAGUCAGAUCCAGAUAUCCGUGUCUAAACCCAGUACUCCAAAGAAUGGUCAAAGCAAACUGUCUGAAUCUAAACCCAGUACUCCAAAGAAUGGUCAAAGCAAACUGUCUGAAUCUAAACCCAGCACUCCAAAGCAUGGUCAAAGCAAACUGUCUGAAUCUAAACCCAGUACUCCAAAGCAUGGUCAAAGCAAACUGUCUGAAUCUAAAUCCAGCACUCCAAAGCAUGGUCAAAGCAAACUGUCUGAAUCUAAACCCAGCACUCCAAAGCAUGGUCAAAGCAAACUGUCUGAAUCUAAACCCAGCACUCCAAAGCAUGGUCAAAGCAAACUGUCUGAAUCUAAACCCAGCACUCCAAAGCAUGGUCAAAGCAAGCUGUCUGAAUCUAAACCCAGCACUCCAAAGCAUGGUCAAAGCAAACUGUCUGAAUCUAAACCCAGCACUCCAAAGCAUGGUCAAAGCAAGCUGUCUGAGGUGAAGAAAGGUACAGAGAUGAAAGGUAAAGGCCCUGUAAAAGUUCAAGGUAAGGAGGUUGAGGCGACCUGCACUCUGAUCAAAACUAAAAGUUUGGAGUCCAAAGACAAUAAAUCUAAAAUUGCAGAGGAAGAUACUAAAACAAUUGAAGUUCAAAAUAAACCACUUCAAGAGGUCAUGUCCACUCCAGUCAAAGUUAAAGGUAAACCUGUGGAAAAGGAACCAAUUCCAAUUAAGGCUAUUGCUGAAAGCACUCCUUUGAAAGUAAAGAGCAUUCCCAAGAAGAUUGUAGAUGAUAACAAACCAUCUGAAGGUAAAAGCACUCCAAUAAAGGGAAAAAAUAAGGCAAAAGAGGUGAAUGAAGAGAAGAUGGAAGAGUCUAUUACUUUCAAAGAGUCAGGGACAACAGAGGGGAACAAAAUGGCAGUUAAAGAUAAAGCCAAAGUCACAGAAACAGAAAGUGCACCCACCAACACAAAAUAUGUGCCCAAAUCUUUAGAUGUUGAAACUAAACUGACUGAGUUGAAGGGAGCCCCAGUGAAACUGAAAAGCAAGCCGACAGAGGUUUCCAGCCAACCAGUCUUAGUAGAACCUACCUCAAAGGCCGAAUCACCAAUCACAUCACUGUCAUUAUCAGAUGCACUACCUCAAAAUGCUGGAGAUAAGAAGUCAACGAAGUCACUGGUUGUCUCUCAGGUCAGGGAUAGAGUGGAGGUCCCAGGGGAAGAUGCCUUUGGUGAUUCCCAGGAGGGGGAGACUAGCUGGGGAGGAUUUCUCAGCGAUGCAGCCUCUCUCCUUCCAGAUGUGGGGAUGGCGGGGGCAGCCAUGGGGGUCCUGAGUGAGGCGGUGAUGAGUGUGAGGGGUUUUCAGUCUGAGAGUGGCAUAGCCAACUCUAUGCCUCCUCAGCGGUCCAGCCGGGUAGAGAGGUUCACCAAACAGAGCGCCAUCACCCAGCCUUCCUCCACAUCACCCUCUUCUUCAACAUGGUCAGGAGGUCAGGCCGAAGUCGAUGACGAUGAGAACUCUAGUAGUGAAAGGUCAGGAGCUGAGGAUGAUGAAGAUAAAGAUUCCACAAAGCGACAAGGAGAUGGGACAGAAAUGGAGAGCACCCAACAAGAGGAAAAAGAGGAUGGCAGAAGUGGUGAGGGUCUGGAAGAGAACAGUGAAGACAGUGAUACUGUGGCCAGUGGAGAGGGAAUGGGGGAUAGAGAAGAAAAGAGUGAAGAGAGCGAGGGCACGGAGGCGGAAGAAGAAGAAAAGGGGGAUGGUGUAGGGACAGGAGAGGGGGAGGAGGAAGAUGAGAGGUGUGAGAGUGAGGAGACAGGAGAGGGGGAGGAGGAAGAUGAGAGGUGUGAGAGUGAGGAGACAGGAGAGGGGGAGGAAGAAGAUGAGAGGUGUGAGAGUGAGGAGACAGGAGAGGGGGAGGAGGAAGACGAGAAGUGUGAGAGUAAGGGGACAGGAGAGGGGGAGGAGGAAGACGAGAAGAGUAAUAGUGAUGCGACAAUAAAGGGGGAGGAGGAAGAAGAGAAAAGUGAUGAGGGCACAGUACAGGGGGAGGAGGAAGAAGAGAAGAGUGAUGAGGGCACAGUACAGGGGGAGGAGGAAGAAGAGAAGAGUGAUGAGGGCACAGUACAGGGGGAAGAGGAAGAGGAGAAGGGUGAUAGUGAGGGGACAGGUGAUGGGGAGGAGAGCAAAGAGAGUGAUUCUGAGGCAAGCCUAGAGGAGGAGGGAGAGGAGAAGAUUGAACAGAGUGAGGGGUCAGAAGGAGAGAGUGAUUAUGCGUCAGUUGGAGAAGAGGAGGAAGGAGAAGAGAAGAUUGAAGAGAGUGAGGGGGAAGGAGAAGGAGAAGAGGGCGAAAGUGGUUCUGGGACAAGUGGAGAGGGGGAGGAGGAGGAGAAGACUGAAGAGGAGUCCAGUGAUGAAGAGAGUUGGGAUGAAAAAAAAGAGGAAGAGGAGGAGAGCAAUGCGAGUGAGUAUGAAAAGGAGGAGAGUGGUGAUGAAUCAGGAAAUGAGGCUGAGAGCAAGAGUGAGGGAUCAGCAGAAGAGAAGGAAGAUGAACAAGCAGAAGAAGCAGAAAGUGAAGAAAGUAAAGCUACUGAGUCAGCAGAGGAGGAAGGAGAGAACCAAGAAGAGGAAGAGAGUGGAGCAGAGGAGGAAGGAGAGGGAGAGGAUAAGGAAGGUAGUGAAAGUGAAGAAAAGGAGGAGGAGGGAGAGGAGGCAGUUGUAAGUGAGGAGGAGGAAGAAGAAGAGGAUGACAAUGAGGAAAAGGAUGAAGAAAGUGGAGAAGAUGAGAAUGAUGCAGGAGAGGAGAAAGAGGAAGCAGUUGAGGGUGAGGAAGAAGAGGAUGAAAAGAAAGCUGAAGGAGAUGAGAACAACGAAGUCGAGGAGGGUGAGGAGGGACGGGAAGAUGAUGAGAAAGAGGCCAGGGGAGAGGAAGAGGUUGAAGGUGGAAAAGGUGAGGAAGGGGAGGAAGAAGAAGAUGAAGAAGAGGGGGACAAAGAAGCAGAGGGAGAAAAUGAAGGAGAGGAAGGGGAAGAGGGAGAGGAGGAAGAAGAAAGACAGCAAGGAGAGGGGGAGGAUGAAGGAGAAGGAGAAGGAGAGGAAGAGGGUGAAGGGGAGGAGGAAGAAGAGGAAAUGAAGGAUAGAGAAGAUCCGGGAGAGGGAAAGGAUGAGAAUACAGAAGAAAGAGAAGAGAAUAAUGAAGAGAAAGAAGAGGAUGAGAGUGAAAAUGAAGGAGAGGGGGAUGGUGAAAAACAGGAAGAUGAGAAAGAGGAAAGAGGAGUGCAUGAAGAGAGAGAUGAGGCAUCAAAUAAACAAGAAGAGGAAAGGGAGAGGCAAGAAAAGGAAAACGAGAAGGAGGAAGAAAAAGAUGGAGAGGAAGAGGAGGGUGGAGAAGAGGGGGAGGAGAAGGGAGAUAAAAAAGAAGGGAAAGAAAAGAAGACAAGUGAUGGGGAGGUGGAACAAGAAGAGGAAGAAGAGGGUGCAUGUGAACAGAAAGGGGAGAUGGAUGAGGAGGAAACGGGAGCGGGAGAGGAGGAAGGUGAGCAGGAAGGAGAAGAAGAGGAAGAGGAGGAAGAAAAGGAGGAGAAAGGUAUGAAAGAAAAAGAAGUUGUGGAAGAGGAAGAAAAAGAGGAGAAAGAAGGGAAAGGACAGGAAGAGGAGGAGAGAGAUGAAGAUGAAGAAGAAGAGGAAGAAGAAGAAGAAGAAGAAGAAGAAGAAGAAGAAGAAAAAGAAGAAGAAGAAGAAGAAGAAGAAGAAGAAGAGGAAGAGGAAGAAGAGAUAAAAUCAGCAAAAGGGAAAAAGAAAGGAUCACAGAGUGUACCCCUUAAAGCAGCUCCCCCCAGCAGGAAAGGGAAGGAAGAGCCCCCAAGGGAGAAACUCAAACCACCGGCCCGUACCAAACAGAGGACCACAGGGGGAAAAAAGACAACCCAAGAAUCUCAACAGUUCUGGAACAAUGUCUUACCCCAGUACCUGGAGCUGAAGUGA